AUGCGAUUAUUACUAUGCUUAUUGCUUUUUUCAAGUUUUAUCAUCAACUUGAUUGAUGCGUGUCCCGGAGUGAUUACAAGCGUCUGCUUCUGCAGUGAAGUGCAUAAUGGAAUCGUAUUGGACUGUUCAAAUACAACAGCCAGCGAGACGAUGGUACUAAUCCGCAACAAUCAAGCACUUCUCGGGCUAAUUCAAUCGCUAACCAUGAAUCAAGCAGAGUUGAACGAGUUGCCACCUAACUUUUUUGCUGGAUUAUACAUUAAGAGAUUGGAUUUAUCACAGAACAAAAUCAAAAAAAUUGAUGAAUCCGCAUUCACGGGAAUGAAUCCAGUGUUGGAGGAGCUGGUUUUAAAUCACAACUUGCUUGAAAAUGUCCCAUCUGCUGCGUUGGCUGGAUUACCCAACCUUCUUCGUUUGGAUUUAUCUAACAACAGCAUUGUUGAGAUUCAGGAACAUGAGAUUUUCCCAAAUCUCAAUAAGCUCUACGACAUCAACUUGGGAAGUAACGACAUCUUCUCAAUGCACACGAGCACAUUCCAAAAUGUCAAGAAUUCUCUUCAAACCAUCAAUUUGGGACAUAACAACUUGACGGCAGUUCCCUCAUCCGCUAUCCGAGGACUUAAACAACUCCAAUCCCUCCAUCUUCACCAAAACAAGAUUGAGCAACUAGAUGCUCUAAACUUCUUGAACCUUCCAGUUCUAAAUCUUCUUAAUCUUGCUGGAAACAACAUCCAUGAACUGAAUCGUCAGGCAUUUUUGAAUGUACCAAAUCUACGAUAUCUCUAUCUUUCUGGAAACAAAAUCAAGAAGUUGACAGCUUAUCAAUUCCAAACAUUCGAACAACUUGAGAUGUUGGACUUGACCAAUAAUGAAAUUGGUGCUAUUCCAUCAAACUGCCUCUCUGGAUUGAAACAACUACGUCAAUUGUAUCUUGGACAUAACAAAAUCGCUAAUAUUAGUGCUAAUGCUUUUACAAACAGCUCUAUCGUAGUCCUCGUGCUCUCUUCUAACGAAUUGAAGGCUCUCCCAGCUGGUACUAUCACCGGCUUACCAAAUCUUCAACAAAUCUCGUUCCGCGAGAAUCAGGUAACACUUAUAAAACUUUCUCCGAUCAAAACCAUCGAUCGUAACGCCUUUUACGAUGUUACCUCUCUUGUUAUGCUUGACCUAGCAAAAAAUCAAUUGACCGAAAUUGCGCCAUCCACAUUUUUGGCUCAAUUAAACUUGCUUUUUGUGGAUCUCAGCGAGAACAAGUUAACGAAAACACCGUACAACGCUUUCAAUCGACGCGUGGGAACUGUUCUUCUCAAAGAGAAUCCAUUGGUUUGUACCGAAAAUCUUCAUCUUCUACAAGACGGAAGUGGAGUGUUCAUCAAGGAUAGUGCGGAUUUGAUUUGUGGAAGAAAACCAACACCAAAGCCGGAGCCAGAGCCAAUCCAAAUUGUAACUGAUGCUCAAGACACUACUCAGAAGCCAGCGCUUGUUCAGAUUCCACGUAUGCAAAUCCAUCGCAAUUCUCAACAGUCAUCCGCACCACAAAUCCCAUCUGGAGCUUUCCAACAAAUUGAUCUGGGAAAACCGAGAACUCUGCCACGUGGACAUUCUAGGUUCAUUCUUGAGAAACCAACACCAGCUCAGCCAACAGAAGAGUUGACACCAAUUCAACCAAUUAUUCUUCCGAAAACUGUCCCAGCAAUCUGUCCCAGAACCAAUGGAAGCUACAGCCCACCAGUUCCAUCAACUACUGACAUAAUUGACCGACCAAACGUGGUUCUUCCAUUCCCAGUACCAUUUUUGAAGCGUGGACCAAACCUCUCAGAAUCCAAGAAGGUUCAAUCAACCGAUAUCCCAUCAACUUCUCAAGUAUUUCACACUCUUCCACCAUCAAUUCUAAUUGAACCAGGAAGUACUCCAAGUUUGGAAUUUCUCAUUCAAAAAAAUGUUUGUUUCAGAGUGAGUCAAACACCAGCCACAGAGACCAAUGUAAAAAGUGAGCACAUUGACGAGUUUGCACUAGCCUCAUCGAAAAAUGAUGAUGAUGCAACGCUGCAACCAAGAGGCGCCGCCGCCGACAAAUCGUUCUUCACCACUACAAUCGUUUUCAUUUGUGUUGGAACUGCAGUUGUUGUGUUGAUUCUAGUCAUUCUUGGUCUUUGCAUCAGCAAGCACAGACAAUUGCAGUUCGAAAACACUUAUUCGGAUAGCAGUGCCGCGCGAACCAGCGAAUACAUCUCCACUCAAUACCGAACGAAUACACUUGGAGCCGGCGGAAGAGUUGGACGAUUCGAUGAGUCACCAGCAUGGAUUUAUAAUCCAGGAUCCAGCUAUUGUAACUACUACAAGUGA